AUGGAUGUUGAUUUGUACGCGUACUUUGGCCUCAGAGAUGAUUGUACUGCAAAGGACAUUCAGAGAGCGUAUAAGAAGAAGGCAAGGGAGGCACAUCCUGAUAAAAAUCAAGACAAUCCGUUGGCAAAGGAAUCAUUUCAGCAACUGGCUAUUUAUUUCGAAAUUCUUCACGAUCCCGUUAAAAGGAAAGAAUAUGAUCAGAAAUGGAAAGCAAAAAGAGAGGCUAUUAGAAGAAUGGAAUCUAUGGACUCGUCACGAAGAAAGCUUAAAGAAGAGCUAGAAGCGAGAGAAGCGGCUGCCAUGGCUUUGCGGAAGAGGCAGUUUGAAACUGUGGUUAAACAACAAGCAGCCGACCAGAUUCGCAGGGAUUGGGAACGCCAUACUGAAGAAAUGAAGUGGCAAGCUGAAAGGAAACGAAAAUCUACAAAUGAGGAGACUGACGAUGUGAAGUUCAAAUGUACUAAAUCUGAUCAGGCUGUGGUGAGAAUAAAAUGGGCUUACGGAGAAAACUUUCAGGCCAACGCUUGCUACACAGAAUCGUUCCUAAGAACAUGUUUAUCAGAGUUCGGUGACGUGAUAGCUUUCGUCAUUGGUAAACGUGGCAGUGCCAUUGCUGAGUUUUCCACCUAUAAUGAAGCAAAAAAAGCAAUAAAGGCAUCUGAACGUGGGGCAGUUGGUCUUCCAAGUUUACCCCUUCAAUUAUCAUGGUUGUCAAUAAGUAACACAAAUGUGGUUAGUGAUUCAAAUAACGUCAAAGAUAAACAAGUGGAAAAAGAUAAAUUCAUAUAUGAACCAACUCCAAAUAAUAAGUCUAACUUUGAAACAUUCGAACAAGACAUCUUAUCUCGUAUGGCAAGCUUUGGACAAUAA